CCAGUUAUUGGAGUUUGAAAGCAGUUUGUUCAUAAGAGGUCUAACAGAGGAGGGUUCAGAUGAACUAGAGCUUCGGUCGCACUUUUGGCACAAGGCAAAGUUAAUACAUCAUAUGUUACGCUUUGGCCCUCUUCUAAAUGUGGAACCGAACAUUUCCAUCAUCUGUGACGUGUUUCACACUCUGUUGCUGGGACAUGCAUGUGGCAGAUGCGUCUUACUUCAUCAUGUGAGUGUCACGAUGCCAUGUGGUCCAUCGGUGGGAUCUGCUAACACCCUCUGAAAUUACUUCAUUCUUUACAACAACAGCCAAACCCUGGAAACAAAACAAGACUUGGUGCCUCCCUGAUUAACCCCUAACUGAGCACGUGCCCCUGACAAUCUAACGAGAACCAUGACGGCCAUCAACGCACCUCGGGACAAAUACAAUGCAGUAUGGAUCAUUUUCUUCAUCAUGGGCUUGGGAACCCUUUUACCAUGGAAUUUUUUCAUGACGGCCACAAUGUAUUUCACGAGUCGGCUGAAGCACACAUCCACCGACGUCUCCUCCAAUCAGACGGCAAAUGGAACGCUGACGGACGUUCGCACUGUGCUGGAGUCAAAAUUUAACAACGUGAUGACGCUGUGCGCUAUGGUACCCCUGCUCAUCUUCACCUGCCUCAACUCCUUCAUACACCAGAGGAUUCCUCAGAAGCUGCGGAUCUCUGGCAGCCUGACGGUCAUCCUGGUGGUCUUCCUGCUGACGGCGAUCCUCGUCAAGGUGGACAUGGCCCCGCUGCCCUUCUUCACCAUCACUAUGAUCAAAAUUAUCUGCAUCAACUCAUUCGGAGCGAUUCUUCAGGGCAGUCUGUUCGGACUGGCGGGGGUCCUGCCUGCCUCCUACACCACUCCCAUCAUGAGCGGACAGGGGCUGGCCGGCACCUUCGCCGCAUUCUCCAUGAUCUGCGCACUGGCCAGUGGCGCAGCCCUGAAGGACAGCGCCUUUGGUUACUUCAUCACAGCCUGCGUGGUUAUUCUCCUGGCCAUAAUGUCCUACAUCAUUCUGCCCAGGAUGGAGUUUUUCCAGUACUAUAUGGAGAGUAAUGGAUCAAGACCCUCUGCUGAUGAGGAGAACAAGAUGGACUUGCUCAAAAAAGAAAGUCCAGCGGAGAAGCGACCUGUGGUGAGCCUGAUGGAGGACGAGGCCAAACCCAGCGUGUCCGUGUUCAGCAUCUUCAAACAGAUCUGGGUCAUGGCUCUGUCCGUGUGCUUCAUCUUCACUGUCACCAUUGGAGUAUUUCCAGCCGUAACAGCCGAUGUCAAGUCCCAAAUAGCAGAUGGAAGCGACUGGGGAACGUACUUCAUCCCCGUGUCGUGUUUCCUCCUCUUCAACGUGAUGGACUGGGCUGGCAGGAGUCUGACGGCCGUCUGUAUGUGGCCGGGUAAAGACAGCAUGUGGCUUCCUGUCCUGGUGGGUCUGCGGCUUGUCUUCAUCCCUCUCUUCAUGCUGUGUAACGUCCUGCCUCGUCACAACUUCCCCGUGCUGUUUGCCCAUGAUGCCUGGUACAUCAUCUUUAUGAUCUUCUUCUCCUUCUCCAACGGAUACCUGGCCAGUCUCUGCAUGUGCUUUGGACCCAAGAAGGUACCACAGCAUGAGGCAGAGACGGCGGGGGCCAUCAUGGCUUUCUUCCUGUCCCUCGGCUUGGCGCUGGGUGCUGCAAUCUCAUUUGCUUUCCGGGCCAUGAUCUAAAAUCUCCAGCAGAGCCUUCGGUAGACGUAGAUUAGACCACCCUACCCUCCAUCAGCUUCCUGUCAUUACAGUUUUCAUGGGAGAGCUCAUAUAAAACAAUCUUCGGCUGAGUGGAGACGGCACAGCAGGACCAGAAGACUAGAGGACCUCAGUCUUCUGAAGUGUACAGUAGAGACUCGUUUCAUUCAGCCCUCAGCUGGAACACGUUACUGAAAUUUGUUUCCUCCGACCUCAGCAGCACAGUGUGUUUCUUCUGGAUGUUUUCCAUUCGAUGCCAUCGAUCAAACCCGUAGUUUCUCUGAACAACUGCAACUCAACAAACAAAUCGAUACCAAAAGAAAGAAAAAAUCAAUUGUAGUUGACUCGUGUAGAAGACAGGAGAAAUUCUUCAAGGUGUGUUUUACUAGUUUAGUUUUCAGGCGAUGUUGAUGACGACGGCCUGAACACAAAGUAUCCCAGAGCCUCGUUCACGAAACGUUCUUUUGCACAAAAUUCUUAAAAAAAAAAAAAAAGAUAAAAUCACAACAAUAAUGUUAUGUAAAGUUCUUUCAUUUUCUUUAAAAACAUUCUGAAGUUACGAUGGUGUGUAAAUAAAGUCUUAACACCUUUCUUUUUUUUUUUUAAUAAGCGAGGCUCUUAGAUUCUGGUGUUUGGCUCAUCUGCAUUAAAUUUAAUACAUAAAUUUGUAAACUGUGAUUUCUGUCUCACAUCAAAUAUGAAACAUGGGCAUCACAUCCAUCUGGACUUCUGCAGCUUUCAUCUCUGAUCAAGCCAAAAAACAUAAAGACAACGUGGGGAAAGCCGCUUUGCUCCCUCUCAAAGAAUGUAAGGAAGGACUAAAUCCAUAAGACGAGGUUUUUAAUCUGGGCCACAAACUGCUAAAUGUUCAUUGUCUUAGGGAGUUUGUUGUUUUGUUUUGUUUUUAAUUGUCCCUCCCGUAGUUUUAGAUAAACUUCUACCAGUGUGGGUCUGUUUUGUUUACCUGAAAACAUCCUCUGUUACUUCAGUCCAUCUUGAACCACCAAAUAAAAACAGACAUCACAUCAUGCAAGAGAUUUUGCCGUAAUGUAUUUGUAAAUGCAGGAGGAGGGGAAAAAAGAGAAAAAAAGAUUCAGUUUUCGGUUACAUGAAAUGUGCCAUUGCUAGUGAGAUUGGGAGACUUUGUAGAGCCGGUGACAUUUUCUCAUGGAAGAUAAGUUUUAUAUCCAAAGUAGUUUUUAGUACGUUUUUCAAACUUUACCUCUGAGUUAGUUGUGUCUUGUUGUUGGAAUAAAAGAUCUUUUGCCUGUCACUGUUAUAUUUUUUGUUUCUUUGCAUUUUUGUGACUUUAUGCCUUUUUUUUUUUUUUUUUAAACCUGCUUAAGUUGUGCACAGUCGUAUCAUAACAUGAGCUGUAUAUAUCCUAACAACCUGUUAGUUUAAAUGUACAGUUUCUGUCUGCUCUACCCUACUGUGUUUUGGAUGGCGUGGAAGCCCAGCAUGGGCCAUUACAAUAUUACUUAUAUUGCAGCUUGAAACAGUUCUGUGAUGAAAUAAAACUGUGUAUUUUUAAGAA